UAAUUCGCGUUUGCUGCGGACCGAGUCUCGCGAAGUGGGGGAUAAACGUGGCUCUCCGAUUCUUGAAUCGAUCCGCACAUGCGAAUGUUCUGCUGACUGCUGUCGCGAACCGUAGUGAUGAUAAUGUGACUUAUUAUUCAUCAGGUACACACUCAUACCUUGUGUUUAUACUGGCGGAAAAACAGCAUGUUUUACCGAUGUGGUAUUUGGUAACGUGGGUAAUUUUUAGAACCAACUGUGAUGGAAAUAAUGCUGUCAGCAAACAAUAAGUCAUACAUUAUUAUCAGGCAGCAAAAACAGAUACUCUCAACUGAAAGAUAAAGUGUACAUUCAGUUUUACUACAACUUCUGUAGAAUAAAGGAUUUUUGAAAAAUGGAGCAUGCAAAAGAACCUCAUUUUGAUAUAACUAUUGAUGAAAAGGACCUAAUUUCGGGUGCUAAAAAAAUCGUGAAGAAUUUGAGACCUUCAUGGCAAGAUGAUAAGCUAUCUCACAAGAUGUUUACUAAUGGAAUAUCAAAUAAAUUAAUUGGAAUUUGGCAUGAGAAUGAUUAUAAUAAAAUGGUGCUAGUCAGAAUAUAUGGCCAUAAGACAGAUCUUCUUAUUGAUAGAAAAGAAGAAAUAAAAAAUAUAAGGAUGCUGCACAAAGCUGGAUUCACACAUUCCAUUUAUGCUACUUUUAAUAAUGGAAUAGCUUAUGAAUUCAUUGAAGGUAAUACUUUAACAGUCGAUACUAUAAGAGAUUUAGAUAUUUGUAAAUUGGUAGCUGUGAGGUUGGCAGAAAUGCAUUUACUGAAACCAAAAAAGUGUAAAUUAGGUGAAGAUAAAUCUAUAAUUUGGGAAAAAACAGAAAAAUUUAUGUCUAUUAUGCCUAAAAAUUUUGCUGAUCCUACAAAACAAAAGAAAUUUGAAAAAUUGAUAAAACCACAUUCUAUUCUGAUGCAGGAGUACCAAACUUUAAAGGAUGGACUUUCUCAAUUGAAUUCACCUGUAGUAUUUUGUCACAAUGAUUUAUUACUAACAAAUAUAUUACACAAUGAAAAAGAAAAUAAAGUGACAUUUAUUGAUUUUGAAUAUGCUGCUUACAAUUUUCAAGCUUUUGAUAUAGCUAAUCAUUUUGCUGAAUUUGCUGGUGUAGAUGAACCAAAUUAUUCUUUGUAUCCUGAUGAAGAAUUACAGAAAAUUUGGUUGAGAUUUUACUUGGAAAGGUUUAGAAGCAAUACUCAUAUACCAGAAGAAGAUGUGGCUAUUCUUUAUGAACAAGUUAAUAAUUUUGUGUUGUUAACACAUUUUUUUUGGGGUUGUUGGGCACUUAUUCAAAGUCAAUAUUCUCUCAUUGAUUUUGACUUUUUAGAGUAUGCUGCGCUCCGAUUCAACGAGUAUUUUCGAAUGAAGUAUCUCAACCUUGAAAGUGAAGGAGGAAUAAUUAGGAACAUUUGAGAAGUUGAUACUCUAAAGAUCCAGCAAAUUUUAUGCAAUACGUCAGUAAAUUGUAAACUUGUUUUUAUGUGCAAUAUGUGCGCGGGCGUGCGACGUUACGAAAGAAAUCGCUAUUUUUUUAUUGGUGUCUUUGUAAAUAAAUACGAAAGCGAUGCUACCGAUACUUUUAUCUAUUUUUAGUGACUACGUAACGUUUAUAAGAUCCUAGACGGUACUCAAAUUGAUAUUUAAAAGUUAUAUUACCAUAUUGAUAAAUCACAACUGGAGCUGUGAAUCCCAUAUUUUGAAAAGAUGAUGAAGUCUUAUUUUUCUAAGACUAUAUUUAUAUUAUUAUAUAUUUUUUUUACUAAUUGAGAUUAAUUUUAUUGUUUCUUUUUUUUUUUGUUUAAAAACACACUUAAUGAAACUAAUGAUAUUAAAUAACGAAUUUAUCAAAACGUAGAAUGUUGAUAACCUUUUGAAUUAUUAAAUCAAAUUGUAAUGAAAAUGUGAUAUAGUGAGCGGUAAGAGAGCACAUUUUGCAUCUAGUUCAAUCUAUUUUCUCAAUUUUAAACCAGUUACUUAAUUUAUGUCGACUAGAUGUUGAUUUACGUACUUCAAUUCGAGAUCUCGCUAUUGUGACCUUGAAAUUACAAUAAAAAAUGUUGACCAUUUAAAUAGUUAA